GUCGUUUCCUGUAAUCGCACAGUGUUGUGAGACGGAGAACGCCAUGUGUGACCACGCAAAGCUUUUUUCUCUGAUAUUUUGAAGAACCGGAAGUUGUUUUUUAUCUCGGAGCGUCGCUAACAUUGCGCCCAUCUCCCCGUGUGGAGGGGGCAAGAUGGCGGACCCAAUUAUGGACCUCUUUGAGGACACGCCCUUGUUCAACCUGGAUGCCCUCCCGGAUGAUUCCUAUUCUCAGGGUUCCUCGGACCCUGUGGAGGAGGCUCUUAAACUGGCGCUGGGUCAGAUAGACGCACCGGAGCCCGAGCUCACGGUCAACGCCGGCCUCGGCGUACCUAUAGCGGCUCCCGCCGUACCCGAACUCGCCCCCGUUUCGGUCCCCGCGCCGCAGCCGGUGGUAGCGGCUCACACGGUUUCUUUAGCCACAAUUCCGACUGUCACCCAAGCCCCCGCUGCUGUUGAUACCGUACCUCAAGUUCAAGCCCAGGUCACUGUCCCUAUUGCAUGCAACACCAGCGUGGCUACUAGUACCGCGGUCCUGCUGAACUCACCGCUGACCGUCUCCAGCCCUUCCAUCACCACCAGCGCUGCCACGCAGCAGCUCGCACAGUUGGCUCAGCAGCUCACCCCCCAGCAGUUGGCGGCCAUCACUCAGCAAGCCGGUGGUAAAAUCGUCAUUCUCAAGGGUCCACAAGGACAAGCCCAGGUCCUGCAGACUGUAUCGGGAGCCACCGGGCCGGCGGGCGGCAAGGUUAUCCGUCUGCUGUCCGGCUCGCCCCUCAAACCGGGCAUGUCCAUAUUACAAGGAGGGGCGGUCUUGAACCAAGCGGGUGCGGGGCAAACCCAGGUCAAAGUCGGGGCGGCGGGCGUGCAGAGGCUGCUGCAGUCGGCCAACGGGCCCGUGAAGCAGCUGCUGCUCACCUCCAUGCCCCAGCAAAUGCAGCAGACCCAAGGCCAGCAGGUCCAGGUGCAGAUUUCGCCACAAACACAAGUCCAGAGCCAGCCGGCUCAUAUCCAAGUCCAAGCGCCGAAUCAGGUGCAGCUGCAGCCAGCCAUGCAGGCCCAGACACCGGGGAGCGAAGCAAAGCGCAUCACUCUGGUCCUCCAGCAGCCCUCGCAGGCUGCCGCCGCGACACAAGCGGGCCAAACGGUUUCCGCCCAGCCCCAGGUCACGCAGGUUCAACAAACAGCCCAAGGAGGUCAGCAACAGGCCCAGGCCCCGACUCGAUUGGUCCUGGGUCAGCUCCCCGGGGGCAAACUGGUGCUCCAGGGAAGCCAGCUUGCUGCCUUGACCCAGGCCCGGGCUGCGGGCCAGGCAGGAGGGCAGCCCAAAGUCCUCACCAUCCAGCUGCAGGUGCAGCAGCAGCCGAACCAGCAAGGAGGCGUUAAGUACCAGCUGGUGUCAGGAGCUGGCAAUACCGGCAGCCCGCAGAUACUGCAGAUAUCGCAAGGCCAAGGAGGGCAGAGACUGGCAGUUCCUUUCAAAAUGCUCCUGCAGCCUCAGACAAGCUCGGCGUCGACAGCCGGCGGGGCUGUCUCUGUGGUGAAGGUUGUCAACUCUUCAACAGCAGGACCCUCCAGCACGACCACCUCCCCGACGCAGACCAUCCGCAUCGCCAAGGCCCCCGGUGAUUCCUCCUCUGUGCGCCGUGUGGAAAUCUUGUGCAAGCAAGAGAAGGCUAACCGUAUUGUUGCUGAAGCUAUAGCAAGGGCCAAGGCACGGGGCGAGAAGAACCUUCCUCGAGUGCUCAACCAGGACGAACUUCCGGCCUCACAAACCUCGCCAGAAAUAGGGGAAACGGUCACGGUGGUGUCCACCGCAAAGAAGAAGACAAGCGGUGGUGGGAGCAAGAAGAAAAGCCCUGUGGCUGCAGGGACACCAUCCAAACUGGCGGGGGCAGCGGACAAAAAAGGCAAAGCCAAACCUGCCGGAGGGACAGUUGUAGUUGCCGGAGGCACCGUAAUACCCGUGGCAGGAAACAAGAGCAAAAGUAAAACCAAGACAAACACGAUUACUCUUGUGGGAGCCAAAAAGAGAAAAAGGAAUCCUUCCUCCGAGCAUUCAGAAGGGGAGCUGAGUCCGGCCUCACCUGCUGCGCUGGAGGAAGACCUGACCAUGAAACGGCGCUCUAAUCGCGUGGUGAAAAGAAAGAAGUACACGGAAGACCUGGACAUCAAGAUAACCGACGACGAGGACGAGCAGGAGGACGUCGACGUCAUGACGACCACGGCGGCCGUGGCCUCCAUCAGCACGCAGCCUUUAGUGGCAGCGCCAGCAGCGGCGGCCGCAGCUCACGUCCAGCAGGGGAUGGCGUUCGACGCUGACGGCAUGCCUGGCAUGCAGUUCUUCGUGGAAAACCCAAGUGAAGAAGACGCGGCCAUUGUGGAUAAAGUCCUUUCCAUGCGAUUAACAAAGAAAGAAGUCUUCCAAGGCCAGUACACCAAUGUCGAGGAAUUCUUUGUGAAGUACAAGAACUAUUCAUACUUGCACUGUGAAUGGGCCAGCUUGGAGCAGCUGGAGAAGGACAAGAGGAUCCAUCAAAAGAUCAAAAGGUUCAAGACCAAACAUGCGCAGAUGAGGCAUAUCUUCCAGGAGGAGGAGGAGCUCUUCAACCCGGACUACGUGGAAGCGGACAGGAUCCUGGACGAGUCGCACAGUGUGGACAAAGACAACGGCGAGCCUGUGGUGUACUACCUGGUGAAGUGGUGCUCCCUGCCUUACGAAGACGCCACAUGGGAGCUGAAGGAGGACGUGGACGAGGGAAAGGUGGAAGAGUUCCGUAAACUCCUAAACCGGCAACCCCGUCUCAAGAGAACGACCCGACCGCCGGCUGGCUCCUGGAAGAAGUUGGAGGAGACCAAAGAGUACAAGAAUGGGAACAUACUUCGAGAGUAUCAACUGGAGGGUGUCAACUGGCUGCUCUUCAACUGGUACAACAGGCAAAACUGCAUCCUGGCAGAUGAGAUGGGUCUCGGGAAGACCAUCCAGUCCAUCGCACUCCUGUCUGAGAUUUACGCUGCUGGGCUCCAAGGCCCCUUCCUCGUCAUCGCACCUCUUUCCACCAUCACAAACUGGGAGCGGGAGUUCUCCACAUGGACCGACAUGAACGCCAUCGUGUACCACGGCAGCUUAGCCAGCAGGCAGAUGAUCCAACAGUACGAGAUGUACAGCAAAGACGACAAGGAACAUUUAAUCCCAGGCGCGUACAAGUUCGAUGCCCUCAUCACUACUUUUGAGAUGAUACUGUCCGACUGUCCCGAGUUGAGGGAGAUCUCCUGGCGUUGCGUGAUCAUCGACGAGGCUCAUCGCCUCAAGAAUCGCAACUGCAAGCUGUUGGACAGCUUGAAGAUGUUGGACCUGGAACACAAAGUGUUGCUGACCGGCACUCCCCUGCAGAACACCGUGGAGGAACUCUUCAGUUUGCUUCAUUUCCUGGAGCCUGCCCAAUUCUCAUCCGAGAUCGAAUUCCUCAGGGAUUUUGGAGACCUCAAAACAGAGGAGCAGGUUCAGAAGCUGCAGGCGAUAUUGAAGCCAAUGAUGUUGCGAAGGCUCAAAGAGGACGUUGAGAAGAAUUUGGCACCCAAACAAGAGACCAUCAUUGAGGUUGAGUUGACAGAUGUCCAGAAGAAGUACUACCGAGCAAUUCUGGAGAGGAACUUCAAUUUUCUCAGCUUAGGAGCAAACAGUAACAGCAACGUGCCAAACCUGCUCAACACCAUGAUGGAGCUGCGCAAGUGCUGCAACCACCCUUACCUCAUCAAUGGUGCCGAGGAGAAGAUUGUUGCGGAGUUACGGAUGGUGUACGACCCCAUGGCCCUGGACUUCCACCUGCAGGCCCUGAUUCGGUCCGCUGGCAAGCUCGUCCUGCUGGACAAGCUGCUGCCACGUCUCAAAGCUGGCGGCCACAAAGUGCUCAUCUUCUCCCAAAUGGUGCGCUGCUUAGACAUUCUGGAGGACUACCUCAUCAACAAGAGAUACACUUAUGAGCGGAUUGACGGCAGAGUGCGUGGCAACCUGCGACAGGCUGCCAUCGAUCGUUUCAGCAAGCCCGACUCGGAUCGCUUUGUCUUUCUGCUGUGUACUCGAGCUGGAGGCUUGGGUAUCAACCUCACUGCUGCUGACACCUGUGUCAUAUUUGACUCGGACUGGAACCCUCAGAACGACCUCCAGGCACAAGCCCGAUGUCAUCGUAUUGGCCAGUCCAAGGCGGUCAAGGUCUACCGUCUGAUUACCAGGAACUCGUACGAGAGAGAGAUGCUCGACAAAGCCAGUCUGAAGCUGGGCCUCGACCGGGCCGUUUUGCAGAGCAUGAGCGGCAACAAAGACAGCAGUGUUAACGGGAUCCAGCAGUUUUCCAAGAAGGAGAUUGAGGACUUGCUGAGGAAGGGAGCUUAUGCCGCCAUCAUGGACGAGAACGAUGAGGGCAGUCGCUUCUGUGAGGAAGACAUCGACCAGAUCCUCCAGCGAAGAGCCACCACCAUCACCAUCGAGAGCGAGGGCAAGGGCUCCACCUUCUCAAAGGCCAGCUUUGUGGCCUCAGAGAACCGUAACGACAUUGCCCUCGAUGACCCGGAAUUCUGGGAGAAGUGGGCCAAGAAAGCCGACAUAGACAUGGACAUCCUCAACCGAAAAAACACGCUUGUGAUCGACACUCCCAGAGUACGCAAGCAGACGCGUCAGUAUUCCAGUUUGCGAGGAGAGGGCGGCGAGCUAUCAGAUAUGGACAGUGAUGAAGAGUACCCACCUGCCAAUUCCAGACACUCUCGUUCUUCCCGGCGCACGGAUCGUCACAGCGGAGUGGGUUACGGACGCACGGACUGUUUCCGCGUGGAAAAACAUCUGCUCGUCUAUGGUUGGGGGCGCUGGAGGGACAUUCUGUCCCACGCCAGAUGCAAGCGCCGCCUGAGUGAGCGCGACGUGGAGACCAUCUGCCGCGUCAUCCUGGUGUUUUGUCUCCUGCACUAUCGUGGCGAUGAGAACAUCAAGAGUUUCAUCUGGGAACUCAUCACACCCCCAGAGAACGGGCGUGAACCCCAAACACUACUCAACCACUCUGGCCUCUCCAUCCCUGUGCCCCGAGGCAGGAAGGGCAAGAGGGUAAAAGCCCAGAGCACAUUUGACUUGCAGAAAGUGGAAUGGAUCCGCAAGUAUAACCCUGAUACCUUGCUGCUGGACGACAGUUACCGCAAGCACCUCAAGCACCAGUGCAACAAGGUGUUGCUGAGGGUGCGUAUGCUCUACUACCUCAAGCAGGAGGUGAUCGGUGACCAUGCUGACUCGGUCCUGAAAGGGGCAGACAUCAGAGAUGUGGACAUCUGGAUACCGGAGAUGGAGCAGCAAGAGGUCCCUGCAGGAUGGUGGGAUGCUGAGGCUGACCGCUCUCUGCUGGCGGGUGUUUUCAAACACGGUUACGAGAUGUACACCACCAUGCGCGCCGACGGACGCCUGUGUUUCCUGGAGAAGGUUGGCCGGCCCGACGACAAGGCCAUCGAUGCGGAGCAACAUGUAGGGGAUGGCGAGCUGGGAGACGAAGGGGAUUAUGACAAAUACUCUGAGGACCCCGAGUUCAAGCCUGCGUCAAGACCACCAAAAGAUUCUUACGAGGAGCAUGACAGUGUGAAGAUAGAGGAGGAAAUCACCGUGGAAGACAAGUCCGUCCCAGCCAUCGCGGAAAGCUUCUCUAACCAGACCCAGAGUGGCUGCGAUUGGCCCUCCAGUUCAUCGCUUACAGCACGCCUGCGGCGCUUGAUCACAGCUUACCAGCGCAGCUACAGGCAGGAGCAGCUGAAAAUCGAAGCUGAGGCGAAGGGCGACCGCAGGCGCAGGAGGUGUGAACAAGCCAGCAAACUGAAGGAGAUCGCACGGCAAGAGCGACAACAAAGGUGGACACGCAGGGAAGAAUGUGAUUUCUAUCGCGUCGUGUCAACUUUUGGCGUCGAAAAGAUUAAAAAGGAACCAGGUCUUCCCGAGGGCGAAGAAGCAGAUUAUGACUGGACGAGAUUUCGCACCUUCGCCCGUUUGGAUAAAAAAACUGACGAGAGCCUUAGCCGGUACUUCCGCUCUUUCUUAAACAUGUGCCGGAGAGUGUGCCACUUGCGCCCUGGCCGUGAUGAGGACACACCAUCGCUUCCUCAGACAGUGGCCCCCAUCACAGAGGAACGUGCUUCCCGGACACUUUACCGCAUUAGCCUCCUCCGUCGCCUCCGCGACCGAGUCCUGCUCCACCCCUCCCUGGAGGAGCGCCUGCUGUUGGCGCCGCCCGGCACCGAGUUGCCCGCCUGGUGGAGCAUACCCUACCACGACCGUCAGCUGAUGCUGGGCGCGGCCAUUCACGGCAUCAGCCGCACGGAGCUCUCCAUCUUCUCAGACCCUCAGUUCACGUUCCUCGCCGCCCGAGACGAGUUCAUCCAGAACCAGCAAGCCCAGCCUCCGCCUCAGCCGCAGCCCAUCAUGCACCUGGGCCAACCCAAGUCUGACGGGGAGGUGUCCGCUGGGAAGGAGGACGGGAAGGAGGAGGAUAUUCGGUUGCUCGGGGGUGCAAUUGGUGCUAACCUACAGAGUACGCCUUUGAGCCACCAUGACGCCAAGGCCAGAGGUCAGACCUGGAACUUCAAGAAAAACAAGGUCAAGGAAGGAAGCAAAGGAGAAGAGGGAGGCUCGGAUACGGAUUCCGAUUCUGAUUCGGGGUCGUCAUCUUCUGAUCGAUCAGGCAGCAGUGAUGACAGCGGAGACAGUGAUGAAGAGGUGGAUGGAGCAGGUGUGAAGACAUGCGAUGAAGAAAAUAGUUUACUCUCCAUGGCUCUGUCUCAAGAUGGCAUUCCACCCACGGAACCCAUAAGAGUAGAAUGGCCCAAGGACCGUGUGCUGAUCAACCGUUUGGACAGUUUGUGUACACUGGUGCUGACUGGUCAGUGGCCAUCGGGGCGGCGCUACGUCACCGAGGCUCAUCUUAACCCAAACUCUGAGCUGGCGGGAGACCAGAUGGCGUAUGCCCGCACGGCCCGCAAGCCCAUCGGCAUGCCUGGAGGAGAAGGAGAGGACGGAGAAUUCACUGUCAAGCUCCUCAAGGAGGAGGGUCUCAAGCUGACCUUCUCCAAGCAGGCGCUGAUGCCGAACGGGUCGGGGGGCGAGAGCAGCCGCAAGCGACGCAAGGACCAAGAGUCAUCAGACCCAGAAGGACUCCUCGAUCCACUGGAGCGUAUUCCUCGGCGCCGGGACCCCCCCACCUGGCUCAAAGAGAACCCAGAUUACGAGGUGGAAGGGGACAUGCUGGAGGUGCAACCAUUUCUUCUUGUAAACCGGAGCAAGAGGAAGAGGAGGAGAAGGGCAGAUCAAGUCCUGACUGGCAAUGAGAAGAUCAAACUUAUUAACAUGAGGACAGGGAAGAAGAUUGGAGCUGCAUUCUGUCCCAUGCUGCAAGACCUCAGAGAAUAUCUGGAGGAAAACCCCGAUUUCGCCGUCAUGCCCAAUUGGUCGGAAACAGUUCGGAACUCCGGCUUUUUGCCUGAGACCCUCUCCCACCGCCUCCUGACCGAAUACACGGAGAUCCCCAAGAGAAGCCGCCACCGCCACCACCACCACCACCACCACCACCAUCACCACCACCACCAGCAGCAGCAGCACACUCCACAGCCCACGCCCGAGAACCCCUACCUGGAAGGCGUGGAGGAGGAGACCCUGGUCUCGGACGGCGCCUACAUGAUGGACGAGGAGGACUUGGAGACCUCCCAACACUUCCUCACCAGCCCGGAUUUCGACGUCAAAAUGGAGGCUGGCGACAGCCUCUCCCAAGGAGACUAUGACAGCUCGGACCAGGAGGCGCUGUUGGACGACGUCAUCCUCGCCCAGAAGGACUCUGACUCCUCGUCCAGCUCGGAGGACUGACUCUGACCCCCCCGCCCUGGGUCCCCCGACAUCAUUACUCCUCAUUUAUUUCUACCUUGUACACGAUGAAUUUAUGUUGUUACUUUUAUGGAUUUAUUUUAAAAUAGGGUUUUUGUUUUUCUCAUGAAAGAGCUGGUUUGCACCCACCUUUUCUUUUUUUCACCCCCAUCAGCAAGAACUUCAACCUCUCUGCCCAGUCCUCCACUGUCCCACGGCCGCCAUCUUCCUCCUGAGCGAAGGAGUUCCCCAUCGCAUUCCCAGCUGUGACCAAAAGGGGACCCCCUGGCUGUAGAUACCUUUUUCCUAAACGGGGACCUCCUCAACUUCACCCCUGCCCCCCCCAGCCCGGCGCCACCGUCUUAAACUACCGGUACGGACGCAGCGUUCAACGUUUUUAACUUGUGCGGGGAAGGGGGAAGGCGUGCGCGGCGCAUUAGCUACCGAGGAUGGUUGUAUUCUACAUGUAGAUCAGGUAAGUUGUGUACUUAUGGUGCAAAGUGGACAACAAUUCUUGUUUUAUGAUCUGAUUGUAUCUGUGACACGAAUAACAGCGAUCUUCAGUGAAAUACG